AAGUUCAGUUAUGUGGGUAUAUGAAAUUGUAUAUCAAUUUGAUUUAUUUAAGGCGUUCAAAAAUAUAUUAAAGGCACACAAUACAUAAUUAAAGCAUAGAUGAAAUUAAGGAUACGUAUUUGAUAAUCCGAUGCAUAGCCAUUUUAGACAAAGCUAUGUGUACAGGGUAUAAAAAAGCAGGGCCGCAAUCGGGGUCCUUCAUGAGAGCGCAAUGUAAAGUUGUUUUGUGAAAUCAUUCGACAUAUGGAUUUAGUUUAUCCGAUGACUAAGAAGUAAGAUAAUGAGUUAAACAUGCUGAAACUUCUUAAUCGACACUGCGUGCCAAAUUCAAAUUGUAAUAAGCACGUCUACUUGAUUAUGAAUAAUGUGCAGAACGUUUACGUUGCCCACCCACACACUGAAAUGGGACCUGGUGCCCUGACCGAACGUAGCGCACACUCAUCCUCAGCGCAACAGCUUCUUGUUUAUGUCUGUGGAUGUGAUUGUCGAUGCGGAUCUGUCAGUUAGUUAUAUGGCACGGUCAGGCUCUGUUGUAUAUCGCUGUAUUCACUGCCGUCGCCGUUGCGGUUGCCAUCGUCGUUGACGUUGCCGUUGCUGCAGCCGUUUCUGACGAUCCCGGUUUUAUUAAUAAAUUUAUUUAUUUUUUUUAAAGCAGUUCGAGUCGCAAACGAAAUAAUUGACACAUGUGCGAAUACUUUUAUUACAUACUUACAAACAAACUAGUGUAUACCUAUGCAUGGAUGUACCAUGUGUGAAGAAAUAAAAAUAUUUGCGUACAUGUGAGUGAAUACACACACAGCCAAGAAUCUAUACAUAUGAUGAGACAUAUUCAGAUACAUAUGUACAUAUAUUCAUGGAUGUUCCUGCAUACAUGUAUAUAAGUAUGUAUACAUAAACAUGCAAAAGAAAAAGUUCUCAUUUGAAACUUGGAAAGCAAAACUUAGUCAUGAUGUCGCUUAAGGUACCUAUAAAGCUCACCGACACACGAAGAACACAACCAUAUGUGGACAAGGCAAGCGAUCGUUUAGUAAGCAGUCACGAUUUCGAUUGCUCCAAUUGCCACUUCCACGCUAAUAUAUCUUUAAAGAAAUCUUGCCAGUGCAACAGCCCAAUGAAACGACUGCAGAUGAUGAUUAUGAGAAACAACAGGAGCUGGCAAUUUCGAUUGGUAGUCGCCCGAUAUGCGACUACAAUUUUACUAUCGAUUUUAUUAUCGUUCGUUAUUUUCGCAUCUGCCCAAGAAGCAACGAGAGAUGUAGACCGAUUACUCAGAUCAAACAACACCGAAAUCCACCGAAAUCAGACGCCUGUAACUCCUACUCACACUCCUACUAUCCAGAACCAAAGCCAGAGCCAAAGCCAGAAACCGAGACUAUCGGCACAAGCCUUAGGUCAGCUGCCAGCAAGUGCACAAGGAUUUAGCAUGAACAGAAAUAGCUUGAUUACUGGAGACUCUGUGCUGCAACGCCAGCUGAGGGAGAAGGCGAAACAGGAUAGCUUGGAAUCGAUCAAAAUGCACAUUUUGAUGCGACUGAAUUUGAAGAAAUUGCCCAAUAUUACUAAACCAAUAUCUGUGCCACAGAGCAUAUUGGAGAACUUCUAUAAAAACUAUAAUGCCUCGCUUUUAAACUCGAUAUGGGGCCAUAACAGUAGGCCUACUAGUGCUGCGCCCACAAAUGUUCCACGAUCUGCUCUCUAUAUGCCCGAGGAGAUUGUCACAGAAUCUUUGAACGUCACACAAAACAUAGAACAGAGUUUUGAUCAUAGUUCAAAACAUAGAGAAGUGUCCAACAGAAAUGCGUCUUUAGAAAUGCAGGGUGAUGAUCCUAAUAACUUCAAAGACUUUCAAUAUACCUAUAAUGUUGAAGUCGAUGACCACCGAACUGCUCCUAAGUAUAAAGCCACAGAUUUUAAAGCUGACGACGAUGAUAUGGAAUACGAAAGUAUACUUUCUCAUAUCAGCAGCGUUUAUAUAUUUCCAGAACAGCCUCAUGUGCGACAUAACCGGAAAACAGAUGUGCUACGUUUCAAGUUUGACUCGGGAUUCUCGGAUAUUUCGUUUGUGACGCUUCACUUGUAUUUGCGAGGACUGGAAUGGAUCAGUGUCUAUCAGCCGAAGAUCCUUGAGGAAUUGGCCGAUUGUCAAAACACGGAGAUUGUCGUAGCCCUUCAUCGUGCCAUACGGCGAGCAAAUAACACAAAUUAUACGCACAAGGCGAAAAUCUUUGAGUUCCGGCACAAGAUUCCAAGUGGUCUAGGUCAAUGGGUCAAUGUGGAUCUGAAACCACUAUUAGGCACAGGAACUGCCAUAAAUCCCAGUCAAACCCAAGAGAUUUUUAUAAAAGGUGUAGAGCCAUGGAUGCGACCCCUAGUUGUCACUACAGACAGUACAGCAAAAAAUCCAUUGACAGUGCACAUUGAGAUUGGCUCCCGUAAGAAGCAUCGAAGGAAACGUAGCGUUUAUCUCGAUUGCACUGAGAACGAUCACGAUAUGCGCUGCUGUCGAUAUCCUUUAAAGGUCAACUUCACCAGCUUCGGAUGGCACUUUGUUGUGGCACCUACCUCAUUCGACGCCUACUUUUGCAGCGGGGACUGCAGGGUUGGGUACUUGGAACAGUAUCCACAUACGCAUUUGGCAGCGUUGACGACGUCAGCGACGCCUUGUUGUUCGCCAACGAAAAUGAGUUCCUUAAGUUUGCUGUAUUUUGAUGAAAAUCACCAACUUGUGCUGAGUGUAAUACCAAAUAUGUCCGUUGAGGGAUGCAGCUGUUCCUAGAAGACAAAUUUAAUUUAAUUCACAGAUACACAUACAUACACAUGCAAACAUUAUAUGAGCGAUCAAUAUUAUGUAAUGCGUUCGGAUAUAA